AUGGAGCCCUUCCUCAGGAAGCGGCUGGCCUUCCUGUCCUUCUUCUGGAACAAGAUCUGGCCAGCAGGUGCCCAGGACCAUAGCAUCCCCUGCUUCCCCGACCCAGGUGCCGACCCGGAGCUGGAGCCCCCUGCCGCUGUGCUUGGCAGCCCCCCGGCGCCUGGGCAGUUCUUCAGGGCGCUGUGCGACUUCACGGCGCGGUAUGCGGAUGAGCUGAGUGUCAGCCGUGGGGACAGGCUCUACGCCCUCAAGGAGGAGGGCGACUACAUCUUUGCCCGUCGGCUCUCGGGCCAGCCCAGUGUGGGGCUUGUGCCCCUCGCCUACGUGGCCAAGGCCACCGCUGAGAUGCUUGCAGACCAACCCUGGUACUUCAGUAGCAUCAGCCGCACCCAGGCCCAGCAGCUGCUCCUGUCCCCAGCCAACGUGCCCGGCGCCUUCCUCAUCCGGCCCAGUGAGAGCAGCCACGGCGACUACUCGCUGUCAGUCCGGGCCCAGGCCAAAGUCCGCCACUACCGCAUCUCCACGGCGGCUGACGGCAGCUUCUACCUGCAGAAGGGCCGUCUCUUCCCCAGCCUGGGGGAGCUGCUCACCUAUUACAAAGCCAACUGGAAGCUGAUCCAGAACCCGCUACUGCAGCCCUGCGUGUCCCAGAAGCCCCCGGAGCAGGAUGAGUGGGAGCGGCCGCGCUCCGAGUUCACCCUUCGGAGGAAGCUGGGCAAAGGCUACUUCGGGGAAGUGUGGGAAGGCCUGUGGCUCGGCUCCGUGCCCGUGGCCAUCAAGGUCAUCAAAUCAGCCAACAUGAAACUUGCUGACCUCGCCAAAGAGAUCCAGACCCUGAAAAGCCUGCGGCACGCGCGGCUCAUCCAGCUGCAUGCCGUGUGCUCCACUGGCGAGCCCGUGUACAUCGUCACCGAGCUCAUGCGCAAGGGCAACCUGCAGGCCUUCCUGGGCAGCCCCGAAGGCCGUGCCCUGAACCCUCCAGUCCUGCUGGGCUUUGCCUGCCAGGUGGCUGAGGGCAUGCGCUACCUGGAGGAGCGGCGCAUCGUGCAUCGAGACCUGGCCGCCAGGAAUGUGCUCGUGGACGACGACCUGGCCUGCAAAGUGGCCGACUUUGGCCUGGCCCGGCUGCUCAAGGAUGACAUCUACUCCCCGAGCAGCGGCUCCAAGAUCCCCGUCAAGUGGACAGCGCCCGAGGCCGCCCACUACCGCGUGUACUCCCCGAAGUCGGACGUCUGGUCCUUCGGGGUGCUGCUCUAUGAAGUGUUCUCUUACGGCCAGUGUCCCUACGAAGGAAUGAGCAACCAUGAGACGCUGCAGCAGAUCGAGAGAGGGUACCGGCUUCCGCGCCCGGCCGCCUGCCCCGCCGAGGCCCACAGGCUGAUGCUCGCAUGCUGGCACCGGAGCCCUGAGCAGAGGCCCUGCUUCCGAGCCCUGCGUGAGAAGCUCUGCAGCUUCACCAGCUACGAGAACCCAAUCUGAGUGCUGCGUGCGGUCCUCCCCACCCACUGCCUGGAGGUGGCAAAAGGCACGACAGCGCCUAGAUCCAGACUGUAUACUCGGGGCAGGAAGCUGCGCCAGCCACCAGGGCGCCCUGCCCUGGGCAGAGAUGCUCUCUGCGGCCCGGAACUGAGACUGCCUCUUCUGAGACACCAGCACCAGAAACAUGCCAGGCCCUCCCACCUGCCUCGACGUGGAGCGGUGCAGGAGUGGGGAGCGGAGCUGUGCCUGGCACCGGCCCAGUCCACCCGCCGUCAGGACCAGUGCUUGGCCCUUCAGGCCAGGACAUGGUGGGAACCUGGGUCCUGGCUGUGCCCUCCUUUUGCCAUCUGGCCCCUGCCUGCCCCAACUCGAGGCUGGGAAGACACCCCAGCACUCAAACAGGCUCUGCUGGUGGUUGGGCUGCCACCUACCAUCCCAGGACCAGGUGGCUGCCCCAGUCUCCCUGCCACCAUUAUCAGGAGCUGCCUCCGAAGGCUCUGGGGCCUGGUCUGGACACUAUGGCCAGAAAGAUGGGGUGGGGCACUUGCCCAUCCAGCUUUGGGAUCACAGGAGAGCCUGGGUAAGCCCCCACCCUACCUGGACACAUAGGGCAGGCAGGACAGAGGUGCUGCCCUUGGGGCCCCAAGCCCCCCCAGUUGCAGCUAUCUAUAGCACAGGGUGGGAGAGGGGGGGCAGGAGAGGAGGGCUCCCUCAGCAGCCAGCUGAGUCCCACCUCACACCACGCCCCCACCCACUAAGCUGCCCUCUCCUGGCCAACAGAUGGGGGUCAUUCUGUUGGCCACUGGAGACCUGUGGACACCAGGCAGGCAGAUAGAUUGCACAACCACCCUUCCCAGCUCCCUGAGCUGGACUUCGCCCAAAGCUGGGCUGCCUGUGGUGAGAACACCCGCCUCUGGAGCACCCCCCUCCUCCACCCUCAGCUGUAAGUGCCUGGGGCCAUGGCCCGACCCCUCCUGGGCUGGGAGGGCCCUGCUCAGUGUCCUACAGGGGCUAGCGGUGGCACACUUAUGGGAAGUCACCUGGCAGACAGUGUGGCUCAGUGCUUGUUCCAUACCAGUUGGUAGGGACAACCUUUGCCUGUCCCUACCCCUCCCUCCCUGGUAUUGAGGGGCCUCAUGUCCUUCAAGGGGCACCAGGUCCCUCUAGCCGACAGCUCCCAAACCCAUAGCCUCCCAGAGGCCAAGGGGCAGGGGCUGAGUGACCUAGUAGACAUGACCUCAGGGUUACACAGAUCACGGACCACCCACUCUCCCAGGUGCCCACCUCUCUCAGGUCCAAGGCUCCACACGCAUCACAGCAGCUCACUAGGGGUGGGGGAUCAGCCAGGCCUGAGGUAGCCCCCCCCAGCAAGGAGUCCCCGGGGGCAGGGCCAGCUCCCCACCUCCACCAGGAAGUGAGGAGGUUGAGUGACUUCUCCCACUGCCUGGGACACACAGCUCAGGAACACCAUCAGGGAUGCUGGCUGCUUCUCAUUUAUUUUCCACUUGGUGCAAGGCACAUGGCUAUGGGGUGUUAGGCAGGCUUGCGUGUGGCUUGGGUAG